AUGUCAGACGACGAAUCCGUUCCACAAUACAAGGCCUCAAAGCCAGUUUCAAUCGAUCAAUUGAAAUCUCAAGAUGCUGAAGAUGAAUCACUCCGUAAAUACAAGGAAGCCUUACUUGGUCAAUCCGUUGCUGGUCCAAAGGAUGAUCCAAGAAGAGUAGUUGUACAAGACAUGACUGUCAUUUUUGAAGACCGUCCCGGAGGUAACAUCACCUAUCCACUCAACACCAAGGAAGCUGUUGAACAAAUGAAAAAGGAACCAUUUGUCCUCAGAGAAGGUUGCAAGUACAAGAUCAAGAUUAGUUUCAAGGUUCAACACGAAAUCGUCUCUGGUCUCUUACAAAUCAAUACUGUCUACAGAAAGGGAAUCAAGUUCGGAACUGAAAAGACCAUGUUAGGUUCAUUUGCUCCACAAGCUGCUUUCCAUGAAGUUACCGUCCCAAGAAACGACUGGAAUGAAGCUCCAUCUGGACUUUUGGCCAGAGGUUCAUACACUGCCAAGAUUGAUUUCGUCGACGAUGACAAGCAAAACCAUUUGUCCAUUGAAUACGCUUUCGCCAUCAAGAGCGAUUGGUCUUCAAAGGAGUAA